AUGACACGGUUGCCUUCAGGCCAUCGCGCUGUGAGCAUCGUGGAAUUUGGCGAGCAAGCCUGGGCUCUUCCUGUUGAAUGCCGCGGUGAACAAGCCGAUCCCUUUCAGCUGCUCUACACCAGUGUUCUCGAGCAGAAUUUUGGGGGGAAGGAUGUGGCGUCGACAUCCGAGGCUCGGGACACAUGGGCGGCGUUCAAAGAUCCGAGCGAGGCGGACAACAAAGCCCGAAAGCUGCUAGACCAGAGAAACUUCACCCCUCAGGCCAUGGAGGAGCUGCUGACCCUGGUGAUUUUCCGUGGCACCGGGACCAGGGACGUCCUGAUUUCUAAACGAAAGGACGCGGGCGCCUUGGCUUUCGGUCUGUACGCGCAUGGCAACAUGUUUGGCAUCACGCGGGCAACCCUGGAGAUGCCGAACUUUGUGAAGUACAUCAAUGCGUGGUUCUGCAGCAAGUUCCCUAAGAAAGCCACUGAGAUCCCAGGUGUGUCGUGGACUUCCUUCAGCAUCAACGUGAACAUGGCCUCGAAGCUCCACCGGGACUGUCACAACUUGAUAGAGUCUCACAAUGUGGUUGCGACUUUCGGAACCUUCCAAGGCGGAGGUCUGUGGCUGGAGCUACCUCCAGGCGUUGACCCCCAGAGCGUUCCGGAUGUGAAGUGGAAAAUAAGGAAGGGUGUCAAGGUUCCUGGGCGCGUGAUGGAGGUCUAUCACAAACCUACGUUAUUCGACCCCAAAACGACCCACGGAACUAUGCCAUGGACGGGCAAAAGAAUUUCAGUGACUUUGUACACGGCCCGAUCUGCUCCUGACAUGGACAUGAACAUCGUUUCGCAGUUGCAAGGUUUGGGAUUUCCGGGGUUGAUUGCAUCUUGCUACAUGGCCUGGGAUGAGUCUACAUGUGAGCUCGACGAGGUUCAGCCUGAAUCGACUUGCGAAUGGGACAUGGAAGCCAGCUUUGAUCAAAGCGUGCAGCGGCUGGUGGCGGCGGAAUCUCCGGAGGAUCAUGUUCAGAAAAGAACGCCGGUGAAGAAGUUGGACCAGGCUUGGAAGAGGAUGGUUCAGCAGAUCAUGUUCAUGUUGGAGACGGCGCGCCGGCAAAUGGUGACGGACUACAUCGUGAUGAAGGACGAGAAGAUCCAUCCGGAGAAAACCACCUCGACGGCGAGUUCCUCGAAACAACGGGCCACGACAUCCGGGCCAAUCCACCAAGGCAUUGGAGAACCUCUGCCGAGAUCGCAGAGCCACAAGAAGUGGGAGUGCGAACCGGGACUAUGUCCUCACGGCCCGGACCACAUGAGAUGCCGUGCCAAUCGUCUGUCGAAGUGGUGGACAUGUCUUCGAUGCGGAAGCCGAUGGGCGCGUUUGGACGACACGCGGGAGGACGUAAAGGUGCCCGAGUACACUUCCGAGAAUGCGAAGAAUGUGGUGGAUCGUCGAGGGCGAGCUUUCCCCAAGUAUCUUCCAGCCCCUCGGGGACGACCAGAACAAGGACCUCGGGAAGUGACAGUGGCAGCAGGGGGCCGAGCGAGGGUGGCGACGUCGACCUCGACUACAACUUUCACGAACAAGGUCACUGGAGUUACUCCUUCUUCCACGGCAGCUACGGCGACAUUUCCCCCGAAAGUCUUCGAGGAGCCGAACCUACGCGAAGGGCGAAAACACCUACGGGCCGCCACAACCUGGAGACCGAAAUCCACGAGAUCUACACCGACGAAGAGAGCUUCGACGAGGAAAUGGAGGAGAUCCCCGUCAUACCGCCUCAAUGAGAAGCUAUUUGGCGAACGGCCGGGACUUGAAGGAGUCCAGGUGCCGACCCAUCCAGAUCUUGAACUCAUGCUUACAGAGAAAGGGAUGGGCAAUGUCGGCCAUGAUGGCGCUCUUUUCGUUGGCGUCCACGGAGGCUCCGGGCUGGUAUCCGCUGUUGGGCCCUCCUCGCGAGCAUGCGGUAUGGCAGCCUCAUGCAAGCAACUGGAACUUCUUGGAUCGAGAGCGGCAUGA